UUGAGUCCGUAGUUUCUCAAUUCUCUGUCCCUCCCUUAUUCUAUCCUUGUCUUUGCGAUCAGAGAAGAUAUCCAGAUUUACCGCCUCAGGAUUGAUAUGGUUUGUAAUUCAUAGUGCAGCAUGACUCGUACUUUGAAAUUACAGUUGGCCAUGGGCUCUCAAAAUACAUUUGUGAACGCAGAAAGGAACCCUCUUCUUUCAUUUGGGGUGAUAACUGAUGUUCAGUAUGCUGACAUUCCUGAUGGUCACUCCUUUCGCGGGGUUCCACGAUAUUAUAGACACAGCAUUCUUGUUCUACAGAGGGCAGUCCAGAACUGGAACAAGUGUCAGAAGCUUAAGUUUGUUAUAAAUUUUGGAGAUAUAGUUGAUGGUUUCUGCCCAAAAGACCAGUCUUAUAAUGCUGUUCAAAAAGUUGUAAAUGAAUUUGAUAAAUUUAGUGGCCAUGUCUACCACAUGAUUGGCAAUCACUGCCUUUACAAUCUCCCUCGCCAUAAGUUGCUUCCUUUGUUGAAAAUUCCUGCUCCUGACAGACAUGCUUACUAUGAUUUUUCACCAAUCCCGGAAUACAGAUUUGUAGUACUUGAUGGCUAUGAUAUCAGCGCUAUAGGCUGGCCUGAAGAUCAUCCAAACACUGAAAAGGCCUUAAAAUUUCUCAGUGAGAAGAAUCCAAAUUCAGAAAAGAAUAGUCCAGAGGGAUUGGUUAAUCUUGACAGAAGGUUCCUCAAGUUCAACGGGGCAGUCGGGGAAGGACAGUUGGAAUGGUUGGACCGUGUCUUACAGGAUGCAACAAAUUUAAAUCAGAAGGUAGUGGUCUGCUGUCAUCUGCCUCUGGAUCCAGGAUCAUCAUCCAAAGAAGCUCUCUUGUGGAACUAUGACGAAGUAAUGAAUGUGAUACACCGGUACAACUGUGUCAAGGUUUGCCUAGGUGGACAUGAUCAUAAAGGAGGACACUCGAUCGACUCCCAUGGGGUACAUCAUCGUGUGCUAGAAGCAGCCCUUGAAUGUCCCCCAGGCACGGAUGCUUUCGGAUAUAUAGAUGUCUUUGACAAUAGGUUAUCACUUUUUGGUACGGAUCGUAUGGACAGCACUGACAUGGUGUUCACCCCUUGAGUUUACCUAGGUAUAUUGGCCUGUAGAAUUUACCAUCAAUUUUUUGUAGAUAUAACAAAAUAUUAUGUACAUGGGAUAUUCAUAUUGUUUACUUAUGGGAAUAUCUAUGUCUCCUGGGCAGACUAUACUCAUCAAGUGCUAGCUCCUUGAGAAAGUACUGCUCGAUUUUGGAGAUAUCUUCCUUUAAAUAGAGUAUGUCCUGUUGUCUUUUUAGUAUUGCAUGUACAAAUAUUAUGAACGCCAUCAAUAAAAUGACCUCUCCAGGUCCUGUGUCUACUGUC